GAACACGACAACGCAGUUAGUGAACCCAAGUCUCCAACAAUCAUCACAAGUUGUUACGCGAAUAUUAAGACAAGUACAGACGGACAAUUCCACCUGGAACUCUCACUAUUAAUACCAAACAUAUCACAUAGAACUGUAAAGGCCAGGCAAGGCUCACCGUGCGUGUGUACCACCACCUGCAGUGACCACCACACACACACACCCACCAAGUUAUAGCGAACAUGUCAGCGAAAACAGCAGUCGACUGGAGUCGCUUCGGGCUGGCCUCUGACGGGGAGCGGGAGGCGUCAGAGACCACACGACUCAAGGACCCGGCACUGGACGAGGGCUACUACGGCGGCCACCACGCCGAGCUCUUCACCGGCGAGAAGGGGGACGUACCAUGGUGGAAAAGCACCUUUUUCGUGAGCGAGCGGGUGCUGUUCGGAACGUGGGAUGGAGUGUUCACCUCGUGCCUCGUCAACCUCCUGGGCGUCAUCGUCUUCCUGAGAGCCGGCUGGGUGGUCGGGGAGGCUGGCGUCCCGCUGGCCGCCCUUGCUGUCAUCGUCUCCGUGUUGGUGGUGCUGACGUCGGUGGUAUCAGCAGUUGGGAUCUGUGAGAGGACGAGGAUGGAGAACGGGGGCAUUUACUCCCUUAUCUCCCAUGUCCUAGGCUCCCAGGUCGGCGGCUCUGUGGGACUUGUCUACUGCUUUGGCCAGACAGUGGGCAUCUCGCUGUGUGUCACUGGGUUCGGGGAGUCGAUGGCAGAGCUGGUGUCAGUGCCAGGAGUGUGGGCAGAGAAGGCCAUGGGCUGCGGUGCCCUGCUGAUCCUGGCACUCAUCAACGUGGCAGGUGUCAAGUGGGUCAUCAAGGUCCAGUUCAUCCUCCUCCUCCUCGUAGUCCUCGCAGCCCUCGACUUUGUCUUCGGCAGCUUCCUCGACCACUCCGACGAGCCGGGAGUGACCGGAUGGUCUGGGGUGACGUGGGCCAACAACACGUCGCCAGGGUACACGUCUGGCACGUCCUGGUUCACGGUGCUGGGAGUGUUCUUCCCUAGUGUCACAGGCAUCAUGGCGGGCAUCAACAUGAGUAGCGACCUGCGACACCCAGCCAGGGACAUCCCCGUCGGAACCCUCUCAGCCCUCGGUCUGAGUACUGUGCUAUACCUGGUGUUCGUGGUAGUGUUGGGCGCCACGGUAGAACGGAAGGUCUUGCUCACUGAUUACAUGAUCACGGAGAAGGUGUCAGCUCUAGGAGUGCUGCUUGUGGCGGGUCUCUACACCACCACACUCUCCGCCACUCUGGCCUCCCUCUACGCGUCGCCUCGCGUCCUACAGUCCAUCGCAGCUGAGAAUGUUGUUCCGUUUCUCUCUCCGCUGGCAAAAGGGAAAGGUCCAAACAAAGUACCGGUGUUGUCACUGGUGGUGACGGUGGUGGUGACGGUGGUGUUCCUGAUGGUGGGAAGGAUCAACACUCUGGCACCCAUCGUUACUAUGCCCUUCCUCGCCACCUACGCCGCUAUUGACUAUGCCUACUUCGCCCUCGCUAUGACAGCGGACCUGCAGAAGGCGCGGGAGGCCAGGUUCAGAAAUCAAACAUUCGGAACCCCGACCUUCGCCUCCGGCGGCGGCACCGGCGGCGCCAGCGACCUGGACCACCUGUUCCCAGAGAGAAUAACACACAAGAAGGUCAUCACGACAGCUGCCAGUUCAGGAACGUCAAGUCUGGUGUCGUCCCCAGAUGACCACUCCAGCAUCAAGUCAGACACUGACCGCUCCACAAAGGAGGAAGAGAGCGUUGGUAGCGGCGUGGCGGCCGGUGGAGCAGGAGGGCUGGCGCCGGCUGGUCCAGGCGCCGGCCCGCUCGACAUCACCAGCAAGGCUACCCACUGGUAUUCUUACCUCUGCAACCGCUGGCUCUCCCUCCUGGGGGUUUGUGUGAAGGUGUCGAUGAUGGUGUGUGUUCACUGGGCUUACGGUCUCCUCACCCUCCUCACCACACUGCUCAUAUAUGUCUACAUCGGCCAGGCCGCCCCCGGAGGUCCUCCUGGUAUUGCCACCCACUUCGUCUUCCUCCGAUGGCUCAAAAAUAUGUGCCUUACGUGCAUUGGGCAGCAGUCAGCUGAGUAUGACCAGGUGGUGGUGACUCCGCUUCACCCGGGCGUCGAGGUCACUGCCAAUCAGCUGACUGAAGAAAAUGAAGACUUCGCUGCCAGGUCUCGUUAUCACCAGUCAACCCCAGGCCAGGCACUCCCAGACCUGCCACAGUCUCGCUGACCCGCCUCCACCAUCUGACUUGGGCACAGUUAGUCCUUUAUUAUGCACCCUAUACCCAUCCCCCUGGGCGGUGGGGGAAGAGGUUACAGAGGAACAUAACGGGUUGAGGAAGUGAACACCACAAUUCAAUUAGCUAAGCGAGUAACAAUCUUAUGAAGCCAAAUUCUUUUAUUACACACAUGCAUAUGCAUAUAUGUAUACAUAUAUUUGGUGGAUAUAUACAGGGAUAGAGUACUAGGUGACAGUUUUUUUUAUCUAGGACCAUCCCCAAGAUCUCUUUCUUUAUCAGAAGUCUUUAAAGAUUUCUCACAUAAUUUAUAGGUUGUGUGGGAUCUAUGUUCUCUUUUUCCACAUUCCAUAACAUGGCAUUUAUUCACAUUCAAUUCCAUUUACC